AUGGUUUACAGCUGGGACCCUCACAGAGAUGUACUCUACAAGCUCUACAUCGAGGACAGAAAGUCCCUCGAGGAGAUUAUGCAGUACAUGCGCGACGCUGCCAACUUCACUCCCUCCAAGCGCGCCUUUCAGACACAAUUCAAGAGAUGGGGAUUUCCGUCGAAGCGCAAGCCAUCUUUCCGCGACGAGGAUCUGGUUGAUCGCGCCGAGGGUCACGAUAUCAAGGAACGCGAACUGAUGAGACUGCGCGCGAAAAAUCGCUGGCUCAUGCGCAUUCCGAACGGUGCCAAGCAGACACCUGGCGAUGACCCGGAAGCACAGUUAAUAGAGGCUGCGAAGGAUGAUGAAAACAUGGCCCAACCAGACCACCAACCUGUUGCCGAAGAGCCACCACCAGAUUUUGUGGAGCGUCAGAAGGAAAGACUUCAAGAACUUCAAGCCAUCAGCGACCAACGCUGGAGAGACAAGAAACGCCGUCGUCGAACCAAAGGGUAUGCAGGUCUGCCACCUGAUCCCGCGGGCAUGCCACCACGUUUCCCCUCCGAGACUACGCUUGAGGAAAGCCGAAAGAUAUUGAAUCUCGAUGCGAGACAGUACCGUGCCAUUCGCGAUCAAUUCCAAGGGAUUUGUGAGGAGGAGCAAAUCAUGCAAAAGACGGUUGCUGGGGCGGAGAAGUGGCAAGCCGUCAAGGAUCGCCUGGUUCGUGAGAAUACCCUGUUACAGGCCGUGAUGUGGCAGGACACCAGCAAUCUUCAACCCAAAGAACUUGCCCUGGACGUCAUCUGCACCGAUGUUACGAAGCGCAUCCGGACGCUGGGUCGUAGAUUGACCAUCCUGGAGUCUAAGAAGGUGCUAGGAUUGAACCCUGAUCAAAGUCGACAGAUUCGUGGCGAGUUCUACGAGAUCCUCGAGUCGGAGUAUUACACCAGUAAGCUCGAGAUGGGACCGGCAAAGUGGAAGGAACUCAAGGAUCGUUGGGUCGCCAACAAUUCAUAUCUCCAGAGCAUCCUCGCAGCGGGCGACGCCGACCCCGAGCAUAACCGAAAGCUAGCGGCCAUGGAGCUGUUGUGUCGAGAUGUGAUGAAACGCGUGCGAGAUGACCGGGCAAAGAAGAAGGGCACUUUUAGGAAAAAGUCCGUUCAACCCUUGACGCCAGCAGCAGACACUGCAGACACUGCACCUCUACCACCCUCGCCACCAGUCGCUCCCGCACCAGCCUCUGCCACUAGCGCAUAUCGAGACGCCCUGCCUGCAAAUCCAUUUGGUGAAGCACCGCCCCCGGCACCGCAGAAUGAUCUGUCCGACCUGCAAAUCGACCCCAACUUGUUGCAGGUGGCGGACCAUCUAGGCACCCCACAAGUCUCGAGGCGAACGCCGGUAUUUAUCCGUCCACAUCCCAACUCGACCAUGUACACGAGCACGAAACUCUCGCUCGGGUCUUUCAAUGGUCAAACUGUUCAGGAGCUUCAUGCCAUGCUCGAAGAAAUGUAUCCCCAUGCAAAAGCGGAGCAGAUCAAUGGUAUCGACAAAGAUGGCGCAGGCAAGGAGAUUUCCUAUCUCAUUGAGGAAGAUGAUGAAUUAGAGGCGUAUCUUGACCAUGUCCAAGGACGCAAGGCUAUGUUUGUGGUGGUGCUCAAGAGAGCUUGA